CAGGUGAUGUACGUGUUUUCAGUUUCACUUUUUAGCUGAACUACCUGUUGCUAGAGGAAAUAAAACAGAGGCUGGGUUGAAGUGCUAGCCCUGCCCCCCCUUGCUAUAUCGCCUCCUCUCGGUUUUAGCUUUCAUGCUCAGUUCUUUUGUCUCAAUCGAACCCUGGCCGUUCACUUCAGCUCCCGACCUGUGUGAGCUCUCUGUUUUACUGAAAGCUAUGGCUGGACCCAGGCCUGUGGUGUUUAGUGGCCCGUCGGGAGCAGGAAAAAGCACCCUGCUGAAGAAACUCAUGAAGGAGCAUGAAAAUGUGUUCGGCUUCAGUGUCUCCCAUACAACAAGAAAGCCUCGUCCUGGAGAAGAGAACGGCAGAGAUUACCAUUACGUGACGCGGGAGGCGAUGCAGGCGGCCAUCGACAACGGCGAGUUCAUCGAGAACGCCGAGUUCUCCGGGAACCUGUACGGCACGAGCAAAGCCGCCGUCCAAGCCGUCCAGGCCAAGAACCUCAUCUGUAUACUGGACAUCGACAUGCAGGGCGUGAAGAACAUCAAGAAGACGGAUCUCAACCCCCUUUACAUCUCCAUACAGCCGCCGUCCAUGGAAAUCCUGGAGAAGCGUCUAAGGGACAGAAACACCGAGUCGGAAGAGAACCUUCAGAAGCGUUUACAUGCUGCCAGCGUGGACAUGGAGUUUAGUAAAGAACCUGGUAUGUUUGACGUGGUAAUUGUCAAUGACAAGCUAGAGGACGCGUACGGGAGGCUGAAAGACACUCUUCUUGAGGAAAUUAACAACGUCAGGAAAAACAAGACUUCUUCGUAGAAGACGGCACAGCCUGGCACCUGAACCAUCCACUCCCUAUAGAAGCCCAGACCUCCAUUCCUGCACAUUCCUUCAGAUAGUGCUCCGUGGCACUCAGACAGCACACAUUACUGAAUCUGCUAACUUGAGAUGGAGUUAACCAUAGUGAGAAUUUAUUUUUAACGAGCAUUUUUAGAUUUUUUUUUUUGUUUUGUUUUUGUAAAUGUUCUUUACGAAGAAAAGAUACUCCGAUGAAUUUUUUUUUUUUUAAUUUUUUUUUUUGUCCGAUGAAUCUUACUUGAAGUGUGACUUGCACGGUGUGCAGGAAGACCCGGUCGGACCGGAUUACCUGCAGAAGGACUUCCUGCCUUGUUCAGCUGACAAACCGGAGUAGCAGCAUUCGACCACGUGGACAAGCUGGUUUUAGGAUGUGAAAGCCGGCCAAUGAGACACGCUGCUUGCUGGCAGUGUGCUGUGCUCACCUCGUCUUUCCCCGUGCGAUCUUUCAGUGUGGAUGUUAAAAGUGAUUAAGCAGCAGCUUAGAGGUGUGGUGGAUUUGGCAGGGUUUAAAAUUUAUAUUCAUCUCUGGCUGUUUACUUUCAGGGUGUGCAUGCAAGUCAGCCAUACUUUCGAAACAUUGCGUUUAUUCCAGAGUUGGUAAAGCCAUUUAUUUUAAAAUUGUCUCUUUUUUUGUGUGUGUGUUUUAUUCAUUGCGCGUGGCAAUACACAUUUUUACGUUUUAUCUGGGUUCUGUUGUCGGGUAGAUGAAUCCAAUUUUGCUUAGAAAAACUUAAUAUUUCACUGUCCGUUAUUUUUACGUUGUUGGUGGAAUUGGGGGGAAAAUAUAGUUGACUAUUUUACAGUUGCUUUUGUAAAGGUUUUAUACUGUGUAACUUGCUCACGUUGUAGCUUUACAUGUACAGUGAAACGACUUUCAGUGGACUUUAAAACAUCCGCAAGAUUAAAUGGACAGGUUUAGGAUUUUACAUAUUCCCUAAAGCAAAACCCACAGCGAAUCACAUUUUUAUAUGGAAUUUAGGAACAUGCAUUUGUAAACUGGCGUCAGGAAUCCUUCCAGCAACCCUUAAAAAAUGUAACUAUUAAUGGCAAUCUGUAAAAUCCAUUACUUUCACCGAAAGAGAGAUAUUCUUGAUAUUAUUGCUCAGUAUUUAGGCUCAUUCUUACAGCAAUAUGUCCUCUGAAAUGAUAACUGUUACAUGUUAAAACUUCAAUAAAAUGUUACAGCUACAAAAGUG